AUGCAUCGACAGAGGAGAUUUGCUACCAAGGCCCGGACUGGAUGCAUUACGUGCAAGUUAUGCGACGAGGCAAAACCAUCCUGCCAACGCUGCACAUCAACUGGGCGCAAGUGUGAUGGAUACGUGACCGCCAUGCCUAAAGCCCAGUUAGCUUCCUUGCUGCCAUCCGGGGGAAACCAUGCAGAGAGACAAGCGUUGUACAUGUUCCGAACCAAGAUUGCCAUUUCCAUCGCCUCUGUAGUUGAUGCCGGAUUCUGGACCUACGACCUUUUGCAAACUGCCGAAGCUUACCAGACUGUUCAGCACGCGGUAGCAGCGCUGGCUACGGCGUAUCACGCGUCCAUCCUAUCCAGCCAUGGCGACCAGAUGGAGAGGCAAUUCAUCCUGACCCAGUACAACAAAUCGAUUAAUUCCCUGUACCAGUGUCUCAGCACACCGAAACCCCUCACCAGAGACCAAAAGGUUGUCAUAUUGAUGACUAACCUCGUCUUUAUUUGCAUCUGCACCGUCCAAGGCUUCCAUCGAGAAGCGUGUAUGCAUCUCCAGAGUGGCCUAUCGCUGCUUCACGAGUGGCAGUUAGUAGCGGAAGGGGCCGAUGGCUCGGAUACAACACCUACUCCGGUCCAGCUUUUGGCGACUGUCUACACUCAGCUAGAUACACAAGCUCGAAUAAUCAUCAAGGCAAGUACUCCACAUCAGAAAGCAACAUGGCGCCCUCAUACUGUUGCGCUUGAUGGCUGGGGGAGAGGACGUUUUCGGGCUGUUACCAAGGCCGUCAGCCAGCUCGAGAAUUUACACAACAAAUCCAUUCAGAUUACAGCAUUACCGGGACCUGUCGAGAGCGACGUUCACGCUCGUCAUCGUUCACAGCUUAUGGAGGAACAUCGCAAGCAGUUGCUCACGUGGGAUCUAGACUUUGGUUGGCUCAUUGGUCAGGAAUCUAACUCCAUCAAGGCACUCCGUAUGCGAAGGCUUUUAGCUGGCGCAAACUUGGAAGCAGGGCUCAGCCGGGCAGGUAAUGCAUCCGAAUGCGAUCAAACGUGGGCGAGCGAGACCCUAAAACUGGCCAAUGAGAUCGUCCAAAACUCAAGACUAUCAGAGGCAGUGGUGGCAUUUAGUCCUGCGGGAGGCUUAGUCGAGGCUCUUUACUUUGUUGCCACGGCAUGUCCAGACGAUGGUAUCAAGACGAAAUGUAUUGAUCUGUUGGAGGAAUAUCCCAUAAUUGAGGGAUUAUGGAGUAGUUGUGCAGCGUAUGCGGCGCUGAAUAAGAAAGGACGCGUGCUAGCAUGA